GUCCCCUUGCUUCUCCCUCGACUGUGCCACUUGUUUGCAGUAGUUUGGAGUCUCACGUCACUACUGUAUCUGCUGUGUUGCGCAAUCCCCGCCGCGCGUUCGACAGUCUAAAGUCAGCCGGACAGCCAGGGCCAGGCGGCCUGAUUUAUAUUUCCACUGGCUCGUAAUAUCCAGCGAAAACCGGAAGAAUGGGGACAGCGUGACAGCGUGACAGCCGGGCAGGCGGCUGACUGCCGCAACGGCGAACGGAUGACAUUUCGUUUGAGUCAUUGUUGUUUUCCGUGCGGGAUCUUGGGCAGGAUGACUCCCCCCCGUUAUUAGCAGACUCGCUGCAACGGUCUAAGGGGACGUGUCGAUAAGCCAAGCGACAUAAAUCGCGGCAAAUGGAACCGCAAUCGGCGCAAAUACCCUCGUGGGCCCGCCAAGGCGCGCGCAAUCCCCGCUCGCCGACGCACGCGCAGGGCCGGGGGAGGUUCGGCGGAAGCCCCCGCCACCCCCCCCGCUGGCGCGGGGGCAGCGCGGCAACCCCUAGGUUCUUGAACAGCCCUCGAAGCGCCGCGAAUGGCGGAAACCCUAGAAGUCAAGACGGCAGCGGAAGCAGCAGCACUACCAGCAGCAGCAGCAGCGGGAAUGCCGCCGCAAACCAUGGGCCGCUGGCCCAACGCGACCACCAGCAGCCACGUCAGCAGCCAGAACCUCCACGUCAGCGUCACCUUCGCCAUCAUUACGUGCCGCCGGUCGAGACGCCCUCCCACCGCGCGGCUCGCGCAGCCGCCUGGGCGGCAAGAGAGCGCAGCAGGGCGCGGCCACGUCAGCAGGGGGAAAGGCGGCUUCCUGCGGAGCGGGGGGAUGGGGGCCGGGGAAAUUCUGGGCAGCGCACACAGCAGGGCGGCGGAAAUUCCGCGGGGGUUUCCGCGGGCCGUUCCGCUUCCGCUGCUCCUUCCAAAGGCGCAGACAUCUCAGGAGCUCGUAGCAUCGCCAGGUUAGACGUUCAGGGUCAGGCUCGGGUCGACGCUGAGGUUCGGCAGAUUGUCCACCAUGCCGAGGCAAAGGCUCGGCAGCAGCAGCAGCAGCAGCAGCAAAAACAGCAGCAGUCCUUGCCACGUCAGCAACUGCCGCCGCGGCCGCGGGGUUGGAUUGGGCAGGGGGGACAACGCGACGCCACGUGGACCUUCCCAGGCCACGCCACCGCGCCCCCGGCGAUUUCCCGCCAAAACGCCGUCGCUCGUUCCCGCGGACUGCAGAGCGGAUUGCACCAGCGCUUCCGCCAGCUUUCCCCCUUCCCCGUCGUGACGCGCUUCCGCGCCCCGUUAGAAGCGCUAAAGCGCACCGUUCUCCAGGGCCCGUUAGAGGCACAAAAGGCGGUGCGAGCCGCCGUGAAACGCGGGGAAGAGAGGGUUAACUCGGCGCGCUUAGGGGCGGUAAUGGUGGUGCUAGGGCUGUGGGAAGUGGCUCGGAACAAGCUGGUGCAGGCUCGGCAGCGGCACCAGGUUCGGAGCCAGGUUCGGGUGUGGGGGCAGAGGCUCGGGAGGGAGGCGCCUGUCGCGGCGAGAUGGGCGAUGACGAGCGGAUGGGGGGAGACGGGUGGCGGACGAGGGGAAGGAGAGGGGGAAGCGGGGGAAGUGUUAGGGGGAGUGGGGGCAGCUAGAGGGGACGGGGGGAAAGAUGAGGUGCUAUGGAGAGGUGACGGGUGGCUGUUAGGUAUACCUGCCCCAGAUGUACCUCCCCCUGAUGCGCCUGGCAUUGGCGUUAUGGGCGGCAUUUUGAAGGGGUUGGGAAGCGGUGUUUUAGGAUGGGCCAAUCAGCAAGACGGAGAAGCAUAUAGGGAGGAAGCUUAUAACGAGGAUAGCGCGUUGCCCCCACGGGAGUCGAGACUCCUGUCCCAACCGCAGGCGCUCUGGCGUCAGGUGGCCUCUCUGUUGAACCCACCUGGCUCUGUUGCAGAAACACCUGAGCGGCUGGAUUCCAGGCAAACCCAAUCCCCUGGUCGCCCUCCCCUUAUCAGCGCGGGUGGACCCCCUCCCCAGGCGCAGCAUUCCCCCCAUCAGUCCCCCGCCCUCCCCCCCAGCUCCCCCCAUCCCCCGCUUCCCCUGCUUGACCCCUGGGCGGCGCUGCAAAUCGCGGAGGAGCAGUUCGGGGCGCAGGUGGGGAGUAGGGCGGCUUCAGGUGCUCUCAACAGAGGCAGCGGCAGCAACAACAGCACUGGCAGUAGAAGCAGGAAUGGAAGCAGCAGCAAGAAUAACAGCAACGGCAAGGGCAGCAGCAGCAGCAGCAGCCGCAAGAAUAGGAGUGGUGGUGGUGGUGGUGGUGUGGUAACAGUAACACCUGAGGAGGCUCAGGAGGAGGGGAAUGAGGAAGCUUCUGGGUUGGUGUCAGCCCUGCUGACUCAGGCUGUUCACACCUUUUUAAGAUCACAGCUUGACUCGUGUGGCGAUCUUAGAAUCAAGGUGGCCGCUACAGGACAAGACCUGCUAUCCGGGCGGCUGAGCGGCGUGUCGGUGUCGGCCCGGGCGGCACAGUACAAGGGCCUGGCGGUGUCUGACGUGGACUUGGCUGCAUCCUCCGUGCGAUUCGGGAAAGGCUGGGGGGUUACUCCCAGUUUCAGUGAUACGCACUUCCCCGUGCGGGCCUUCCUCUCGAUGAGCGCUUCCGACUUCAACAGGAGUCUCAGGAGCCCUCUCCUCUUCCCCCUGCUCCGCUCCGUCUGCUCAUUGGCCGACAGCCAGCCAAUCCCAGCCCUCCAAGUGUCCCUUGGAGAUGGAUUCCUAGAGUUUGCCGUAACCAAUCAGGAUCCGGGAUUCAGCCACAACCAGAAUCAGAACCAGAAUCAGAAUCAGAAUCCAAAUCAGGAUAUGAUCUCCAGUCUGCCGCCCAAUAUCCGUACCGGCUCACCUACCCUCCCCCCCUUCCCUCCUUCCCCUUCCUUCAAUCACUCCUCUCCUUCCCAUGCUUCCCCUUUCCCCAGCUAUGCCCGCACUUAUUCCCGCUCCCCCCGCUUCACCCCCUCUCCCCGAUUCACCCCCUCCCCCCGGUUCGGCCUCAGCUCCCCCCAACACUCACCUUACUACUCCCCCCAAUUCUCCUCCCCCCGCCUCUCCGUCCGUUACUCCUCCCCUUUCUCCUCCUCCCCCACUUCCUCCUCCCAACCCUCCCUGGACUUCCCUCUCCCCAUUCCCUCGCUGCCGCCCGGCCUGCUGCCCAACCCGCUGUCAGUGUUGAGAUCCUCUGCCGCCCAGUUCAGGUUCCCUCAGCCAGUGCUGGAUUCUGUUGGGCGGCUGCUCCUCCUGAAGCCCCCCACUCUGUUUCCUUCUCACUCCCCCUCACCCAUGAGCACCGCACACACUCCUCCUUCCCCCUCACUACCCUCCCCAUCACUACACUCUACCCUCCCGUCAUUCUCCCCCACUCACUCCUCCUCCUCCCCCCCUCCCUCCCCCCGCUCCCCCCGCCUUUCCCACUCUCUCGCCCGCCGUCUCCGCCCCCUGCGCAUCCCCCACUCCGCUCAGCAACCUCCAGACCUCCCCACACAAAAUCCUGCCAACCAAGGCCCUGCUCCCAAUCCCCCUGCAUCGCCAGCCAAGGCUCUGUCCCCAUACGGCUGGCGACGGCCCGGCACACCUUUCUUUGCCAGCUCUGUGCUCUUCCCCUCUUCGCCCAGUGUGGGCCUGGGAAGAAGGCAAAGACAGCAGCAGGAGAAGCAGCAGCAGCAGCAGGAGAACCAGCAGCAGCAAGGUCAGAUCGCGGUAUUUCAAGUCCUUGAAACUCCCUCCUCCCCCUCAACGCCUCCCAUCUCCCUGCUCCCUCCGCGCGGCCAGUGGCCAAUGGAGGCCCAUUGGUUUCGGACCCAGGGGCAAGCAAAGGAGCAGCAGCAGCACCAGCAGCAGCAGCAGCAGCCGCAGCAGCAGCAGUUGGACCAAGAGGGGUUGGCUGUUGCUGGGGUUGGUUGGCUGUCCCUCUCCAAGCGUUUGCUUGGAGCUGCGUGUAGGGAAGCCUUGGGAACUCCUGCUGUUGGUGGAGCGGUGGAGGCUGAAUCUUUGAAUAACAGAACAGUGACAUCUGUACAGUCAAACAAGGUGCUGCCGAUAAGUUCAGAUGCUGGUCUUUCAAACAGAGGAGUCUUGGAGAGAAGUGCUGAUAUAGACGUGACUACAGAGGAGGGCACUAUACCAGAAGCAGCAGAAGAGGAGCAGUUAUCUAUGGGCCUGUUGCCAGUUGCAGUGAGAUUGACGAUAGGCAAGGAUGGAAGACGGCUCUCGGUGAGCAAAUUUGGGAGCGAGUGCUUGGUUCCACGUGCAAGAGACAAUAUCGGUGAAAAGCAAGGUACGAUAAGAGGUGGGAAUGGUCACCAGAGGGGGCAAAGAAGGGGUAAAGGGCUGGAAGGGAAGCAUGGACGAGAGAGGGAGGGUGCGAUUUUCAAGCCCAGCUCUUGUGUGGAAGAAGUAGAGGAGAUUGAUUUAGGGCCCGGGACGUUCCUCACUAGGCUAGAAAUCUCACCUAGUGGCGUCUUUCUAGCUGGUAGGUUUUUAUUGACCUCAUAGUGAUCAUUGUUGUAUGCAUAAUGUAGCUAUCUCUUGGUGCCUUACCUACACAUUAUGAUAGUAACUCGUUUGCACCGCAUUAUG